GAACAAAUCAAAUUCAUUGCAUUUCGGAAGAGCAGUAAAGUUUGUGCAAAAUUUUCGUGCUAAAAAUUGCGAGUGAAGUGCGCUUUGUUUCGGUGAAUUUGCAGCGUUUUUCUUCGGUUAAUCGGUAAUCUGGUCACUCUCCUCGCUAGAGCAAGCACAAGUUGUGAAGCACAAAGAAACACACAAUGUCUUCCCGUAAAACUGCCGGACGUCGCGGUACGACCAAGAAGCGUGCCCAGCGGGCCACCUCGAAUGUGUUUGCUAUGUUCGAUCAGGCCCAGAUCGCCGAGUUCAAGGAAGCGUUUAACAUGAUCGACCAGAACCGGGACGGGUUCAUCGAGAAGGAAGACCUGCACGAUAUGCUGGCCUCGCUCGGUAAGAACCCGACCGAGGACUACCUGGAGGGUAUGAUGAACGAAGCGCCCGGGCCGAUCAAUUUCACCAUGUUCCUGACGCUGUUCGGCGAGCGGCUGCAGGGCACCGACCCGGAGGACGUGAUCAAGAAUGCGUUCGGGUGCUUCGACGAGGAAAAUACCGGCCUGAUCAAUGAGGAGCGAUUGCGCGAGCUGCUGACCACGAUGGGCGACCGGUUUACCGACGAGGACGUGGACGAAAUGUUCCGCGAGGCACCGAUCAAGAAUACCAUGUUCGAUUACAUCGAGUUCACCAGAAUCCUGAAGCACGGCGCCAAGGACAAAGACGAACAGUAAUUUAUUUGCCUUCGAUUAAUCUUCGUACUUGAUUGUAUUUCCAUGUUUAACCGUUUAUCUUUAGUUUAGUUGUUCUUCCUUUCUUUCCUUUCCAAACCUUUUUUUCGGUUGAAUCUAUUAUCAGUAUUCCCUAACUACUAGAGACCUAACGGUUUCGCAUUUAGCUUUUUUCCCCCUUUCAUCGAACCGAACCGAUCGUGUGUAACCGAAUAUAGCGCCAUUCAGAGCUGUUUUAUGAUAUCUAUUUGUAAUCAGAUCUAUUAUCUUUUAGCGAGAGUAAAAGGAAAACUUUUUGAAUAUAUAUUUUAUAUCGUGAAUC